AUGACGGAUACGAGUUCCAAGAUAUUUAUAGAGCCUCUGGAUCUUGACAUUGACCCGGGACCGAUUGGACAAUCUGCUGAUCUGAACGAUCUAUCUGAAACCUCGUCGAGCAGCAGUGGGGACCAUUCGAACGGCUCUGAGCCAUCAACACCCGCGACUGAACAAGAAAGUAUAGCUUCGAGUCUACCACCGGAUAUGGAGGAGGAAAGAUUAUUCCGACCUUACGCCAUUGAAGAGCCUGAAGAUCCCGAAGAUCCUCCGCCCGUGGGUCCCCUGCUACUGCCAUGUCUGCCAGACAACUUUGAGCGAUGGCAGCGUGAUUUGGUCGAUGAUAUGGAUGAUAUGGGUAAUGUCUGCACCCGAAGUGGCUUAGACAUACUUUACGUCGGACACGCCAGAGGCCAGAAGCGAAAACCAGGCAGUGCAAGCAAUGUGAUUCAUCCCUGUUCUUCUUUCCCCCAUGUUAAGCAAUCGAGAUCUGGCGAUCAGCUGCUUUCUGCAUCUCAAUUUGGUCUGAGCCCCAAGAGACGACGCCGUCGCAGCAGACUCCAAGGGGAUACAAUUCAGCCUUCACUCUAUGAUUUCCGUGAGACGCUAGAGGAGAGUUCGGGGUCCGAGAUGCGAUCAAGCGACGAGAGCGCCGAAUCAUCUCCCGAAAGUGCUUUGACGGACGACAUGGACAUCGAUUGA